GUGUGAUCCAGAAUGUUUAUUUUGCAAUCAAGCAGAUGGGUCGUGUUCAAAAUGCCAAAAUAAUACAAAAUAUGGACCUUCCUGUAAACUUGAAUGUAGCAAUACCUGUGAAAACUCCAUGUGUGACAUUAAUGGAAUUUGUACAAAUGGAUGCAUUGCAAAUACGUUUGGAAAGCAAUGUGAAAACACCUGUGAUGAGUAUUGUACACAAAACGGAAACAAAACGAUAUGUUCCGAAAAGACGGGAAUGUUUUUUACGGCUGCCAAACCAAAUACAAGGGGAGAUUUUGUCCUCAAGUUAUUGAAACAGAAGCGGAAAACAAAACUAUUCAAUAGCAGCACUUGGUGUUGGUAUUGCCGGAGGAGUUUAGUUCUUGCAGCCAUUGUGGUUGUUGGACUGUUCUUGAUUCGACGAAGAAGAGUCAAUUUGAGAAUUGAAAGCAAAGCUCAUGAAAAAGAACCUGAGAUCUUUUUAGAGAUGUACGCAAAGGUGAACAAUGGAUCAACCACCCGAGAAGAGAACCCUAAGAGGGAUACCGACAAUUUUCACUCUGUCACCGUCAUAAGACCGCCCAAUUAUCAGAGUCCACCAACAAACAGGUUCGGAAAUGAAAAGACGCCUAUCUUGACAGAAGACAAUCUUGAAAUUGACGAAGAUGAUGCUUCUGCAAGGGAGUCCGCAAUAAUAUUUGAAGAAAAUGGAGGGUUUUAUUUUAACAACGCUGAAGAAAUUAGCAAAAUCAAAUUGAAUGUGACCGAUCUACCAGAAUAUGUACACAAUCUAUGUUUUAAGGACCUAGAAGAAGAAUUUCAGAAAAUUCCAUACGGUCUUGUGAAAGCCUAUGGCGUUUCACAAACAAACUUAACUUGCACAAAAAUAGGUCCAAUGACUAAGCAGCUCGGCGAUUUCGGCCAAUUCUGGCGAAUGGUCUGGCAACAGAAAGUGGAGAAGAUUGUCAUGGUGACUAACUUGGUAGAGGGAAAGAAUUCUAAGAAACGAAGUCUACAUCAUCUACAGUUUACGAGCUGGCCAGACAAGGGCGUCCCUGAUGAUGUCACAUCAUUUAUAGAGUUUAGACAGAGGGUUAAUGCCUUGGCGAGUACUUUCGAUGGACCAUUCUGGCGUAGGAAGAACGGGAACCUACAUAGCUCUAGACAUUCUUACAAAGAGGGUGAGGCAGAAGGAGCUAUAGAUAUCCUGGGAUGCGUUCUCAAUAUGAGACAAAACGACCCAACAUGA